UUGGCGGCAGGGAAAGCGUGGACGCGGUAAGGAGAGAUGGGAGACGAAAAGGUUAAGAAUGAAGCAAUGGAGAUAAUGGGAUUGUUCCAAGUUCUUCCUCGUCUCGUCGUCUUCGAUCUUGAUUAUACCCUUUGGCCCUUUUAUUGUGAAUGCCGUUCCAAAAAUGAAAAGCCAUCUAUGUAUCCUCAGGCCAAAGGUAUCUUGCAUGCCUUCAAGGACAAAGGAGUGAAUGUUGCUAUUGCCUCAAGAUCACCAACUCCAGAUAUAGCAAACGCCUUCCUUCAAAAACUGGAGAUAAAAUCAAUGUUUGUAGCCCAGGAGAUAUUCUCCAGUUGGACACACAAGACGGAACACUUUCAGAAAAUCAACCGAAAGACUGCGGUGCCCUACAAUGAGAUGCUGUUUUUUGAUGAUGAAAAUCGGAACAUACAGGCGGUUUCAGAAAUGGGUGUCACAAGUAUAUUGGUGGGCAAAGGGGUAAAUUUAGGGGCUUUGAGGCAAGGACUCUCCGAGUUUGUUAAGAAUUCUGCUUCAGUUGAAAAGAACAAAGAACAAUGGCGCAAAUUCUCAAAAGAACCAGGUUCAUGCACAGUGACGAUUUAGCAGUCCCCAGCACACAAAGAAAGGGUUGGCAACGAGGAAAUACGCAUGUACUAAUAUUACUGGAGCUGAUAUUGAAAUCCAGGCAUUGUCUAUAUAUUCUUCCAUACUUGGGAUAUACUGGCUAUGGUACCACUUUGCUACUCUCAGGUAUGAUUUGCACAAAUCUCUCCACUGAAAUUUAAAUUCACAAUGUAAUAUUGCAUAUCGAGUUUAAUUUAUAUACAUGAUAAUUACUUGUCUUAUUUUCGAAAAAAAGAGAGGGGAUAAGUUACCGCAUUUCUUAGAUAUGGUAAAAUGAAAAUGCCUUGCUCUUCAAAAGCAUCAGCAGCGACUUGGUUAAUAAAGUUAUCGAGCGCAUAAUAACACAUCUUCAUAUUG